CCGUGUCACCCAUCCACGCAUCCACGCACCAACACAUCCAACAUACCCACCACAAUGAUCUGUCGCCAAUGCAUGCGCCGGCUCGCUGGGCGAGGCUCACAAGCUGUGAGCAGACGGAACUUUACCAACAAUGCAGCCAUGCGCGCGCAAGCCGUCUCAGCCCAAGAGACAACCGCAUCCCAUGGCCGACCGAACGAUAAACCGGCAGCAACAUCGACAUCAGCCGCACAGCCCUUCAGCACACCUUUGACCCCAUCUCCGAACAGCGAAAAACUGGAUCUCCCCAUCGAGACCAAGCAGAGCAAGCAGGCGGCUAAAGUUGUCUCGAGCGUUCCAGCGGGAACCGUACUCAAAGGCCUCAAUUUCAUGAAAAACAAGCAAGAUCCAGUAGCGUUGGAAGACCACGAAUAUCCAUCAUGGCUAUGGACCGCAUUACACGACAAAGGAGAUACACCCGGCGGGCAACCGAAAGAUGCAGAGGGGGAUUUAUUCUCGAAAUCCAAAAAGCAACGACGAAUAGCCGCAAAGGCAUUGAGGAAACAGCAAUUACUUGAUCCGGAAGCUUUGGCGCCUAAAGUGCCAUUGUAUGAGCAGAGUAUUGAUCUUCCCGGGGCGGAUGGGACUUUGGAGGGGAAUAAGGAGGCUUAUAGGGCGCAGGAGGAGUUGACGAAGGCUAUGAGGGAGAAGAGGAGGAGUAAGAUUAAGGAGGAUAACUUUUUGCGGGAGAUGUCGUGAUCGUGAGGGGAGGGAAUAUGUUUGUGGUCUAUGGACUGGACUGGUCUCAGAGGACAGUGCGAUACAUAUGCAGCAACGCUGCGGCUGCGAUAUGUUGCUUCGUACCAUGCAAUGAUGUGUCAGCCGUACGAUCGCUGUUUGUACAGUAUAGAGCAAGUCCGGGAGAGUACAUGCCGCAUACCAUUCCUCGCUCACACGAACGGCUCUCAAAUCUACG